AUGCAGUGGCGAAAACACGUGCGUAUCAAGUACGGUGGUCGAGUCGGUGUAGGUCAAGGACAGUCGGAGCGGGAUCAGGUGCAGCUGCAGGUGCGCGUGGUGCAACUGCAGCAGGGGGAAGGGGGUACUCGACUCAGCUACGUCUGUCGGCAGCCGAGACUCUCCGAGACGACUGUGUCUCACUCAAGACACGGUUGUACCGCAAAGGCCAUGCUCUGUUGCGGUCGCAGAAAAGAGGGGCGGGGGGAUGUGACGGACAUCGGCGCGAGUCCUGGCCGGCAGGCGCCCGCCAACCAGUUGCGCCCCAAGGAGCCACCCCCCAUGGUCGUCCAGGGAGACUUCAGGAAGGUGAGCGGGAUCAGUACAGAGAUCUUCAAGCAGAUCGAGACCGUCGAGAAUGACCAUGAUGCUUCGACGGCGGCCGCCCUGGAGGCCGUGGAACGUCGCGGCGAAAUGGUCGUCCGCGUCAUCGAGCCUCGGCAAAUGGGUAGGCAGGCCUCGGAGGCCGCCAAAAAAUUCAUCGCCAUGCAGGUACGGACGAAAUUUUAUUUGCAUGGAAAUCCGGGUCGUUUACCUCGUCGAUAUGUUUUUUAGGACCCCAAGCAGCCCGUUCACCUGGUGGAGAUCAUCAAGAGACCGGGCCAGACGCUGGGCCUGUACAUUCGGGAGGGUAACGGCGUAGACAGAAACGACGGAGUCUUCAUAUCGAGAAUAGCUUUGGAGUCGGCGGUUUACAACAGCGGAUGUUUAAAGGUGGGUGACGAGAUUCUAGCGGUCAACCUGGUCGACGUGACGCACAUGAGUCUCGACGACGUGGUGAUCAUCAUGUCGAUCCCCCGAAGAUUGGUGCUGGCUACCAGACACGGGGCUCAUCAGACGAUUUCGCAUACGCGGCAAAACGAGCACAAGGCGCCACCGGUGGUUGUCAUCAAGCGAGACCUCAACGAGGACGAAAGCGACCAUGCGACCAGCAAUCACGUUAGAGAGGGCAGCCGUAGAAGAGGAGACGGACGCGAGAUGCUACCCUCCCGCUCCAGGUUGGGACUCACGGGCCUUGGAUCUAGUCAAGACCUUGGAUCCAGCAAUGGUGAUCUCUAUUACAACUCUAGGCCCGAAGGACACUGGUCCUACCAGCCGCCACCGCCACCGGUCAUUACCCAUCAACCAAAGCCCUCGGCAACGCAACAUUUCCAGCCUUACGAGCGUGGAUAUCCCAAGACCUUGGAGAGCCUCGCCGAGAAGGUGCACUCGUUCUACUCGGGGCCCGUGGUACCAUCGAAUGGCACGGGUGGUGCUGGAGGACCUGGACGUCGAAUGUCGACAGGUGGUGGGAUACAAUCUGGCCGACUUCCAGGGCAGGGUCAGGGUUCGCAUUACGGAUACGCCCAACACGGAGCUCAAGGAAGGCUCAUGCCUCGCAGUGGGUCGGAUCAGCAUCUCCCUAGGGUGGACUACGCUGGCGUGACGACGCCCGCGCGCCAUACGCUGCUCAGAUCUAGCCUGAAGUCUGGUUCUACUGCAUUGCGGUACAACUCGCGGUACGGGGCACAAAGCGAUGCCACCUCGGCGGCGCACAGACAAGGACAAUUUGGUACCUUGACGAGAAGGCACAGGCCUUCUCUGGACUAUGCUUCGGACACCGAGGCAACCUGCUCCAGCUCACCUCGUUCGGCCUACUAUUAUUACAGGCAGAACGCAGGCAACCCCUCGCAGAGCAGCGCGGUCUCCCACUUGGCCACGCUCUCCAGGUCACAGAUAGGCCAGAGUUCUACGGGACUUAGGUCGAACUCGCUACCACGUAGUGGUAGAACACUGCCCCAACAACCAGGCAUCAGGUCCGGUCUCGGCACGGUAACGUCGGGCCUUAUAGACCAAGAAGACAGUGAUGGAGCCCUUUCCGCUCCGGAGUUGCCCUCGAUUAGGCGCGACAGAGGCAGGAUACCUUCUUCCCCGAGCGUGUUCACUUCCGACGAGUACCGAGCCUGGUUAAGCAGGACACCGAGCACCAGCGCACUUUACGAGCAGAUCAGGGCGAGCGCGAAUCGACCACCUCGUUACACCUACAGCGCAGAGAACAUACACGCCGCGGUCAACCAGGCGGAGUACGGCAGCGGGUACGGCUCCUAUCGACCGCUCUCCAGCACCUUGGAUCGACUCUCGACCAGGUCCGCGUCGGCGCAACAAGUCAACCUGGCUAACCUGAGGGCGUCGACGGCGAUCAGUUCGUCCUGUCACAGACCAUCGGCGAAUCCCAGGCCGGCUUCGGUGGCGUCGAACGUCACGCGGUCUUCCUUGGCUGGACAGAAACCACCGUCGCUGGGAAGCGCAGCUGGACAACGGGCCGCGUCCUCCGUGAGAAGGAUCCGUAACCUGCUCGACCUGGAGUCCACCAGGAACAUCCCCACUCCUACGCCUACCAGAACUCAGGAUCAAAGACUGCUAGAUAUUAAUCCCGCGGAGUUCCUCAAGUAUAAGAUAGAGAAGCCACCGGUAGUGGGUACUCCGAGUUCAACCAGCUCUCUUCUGAGUGCUCUUGGAGACGGCAGUGCCGGGGGUGGCGACUUGGCCGGAGGAGUCAGUGGCCUGCUGUGGGUGCAUCUGUUGGCGGGACGUGGACUGCGGUCCACGACCUCGUCCUCGGCGGCGACCACCCCGUCCACUCCGUCGGGUCAACCCAGUCUGGGCAGCUGCGGCUUGAGGGACCUUUACUGCGUCCUCGAGUGCGACAGGGUACACAAGGCGCGCACCGUCGUCCGCACCGGCGAUCUCAUGUUCGACUGGGACGAGACCUUCGAGCUCGACCUCGUGGGCAACCGGCAGCUGGACCUUUUGGUCUAUUCCUGGGACCCCCAGCACAGGCACAAGCUGUGCUACAAGGGGUCCGUGCAUCUGGCCACCCUCUUGAAGGAAUCACCGUUGCACCAGCUGGCACUCAAGGUUGAGCCGAGAGGUACCAUCUACCUAAGGCUCAGGUACACUGACGCCCACCAGACCUUUAAGCGUCGCGGACUCCCAGUGAUUUCUCUUGCCACGAGGGUCGCGCCCCUUUUCGGCGUCGACCUGGACACCGUGGUCAGCCGAGAAAGCAAGACCGGCGGCGUUCCUGGAGGAGUGUCAACGGCCGUGGCUGUAGGAGGGAUCCCCAAUGUUCCUAUCAUCGUUUGGCGUUGCAUCGAGGAGGUAGAGAGAAGAGGACUCGAUAUAAUUGGCUUGUACAGACUGUGCGGCUCCGCCACCAAGAAGAGGAUACUGCGAGAGGCAUUCGAACGUAACGCCAGAUCGGUGGACCUCUCGCCGGAUAAUGUGCCCGACAUCAACGUUAUCACUGGGGUGCUUAAGGACUACCUGAGGGAGUUGCCUGUACCUCUCUUUACCAAGUGCCUGUAUCAGAUGAUGGUGGACGCGCUCGCGGUGUGCUUGCCGGAUGACCCACAAGGGAACGCUAAACUGAUGUUCAGCAUCCUCGACUGUCUCCCAAAGGUCACCAGGGCUACGUUGAUCUAUCUCCUGGACCACUUGGCGAUGGUAGUGUCGCAAUGCAACAAGAUGUCACCGGCGAGCCUGGCGGUCUGUUUCGGGCCGGUUCUGAUGCUGCACUCCGAGGACAACGGGCCACCGCUGGAUUUCCAGCAACCCAUCGCCGUCCUGAAAUAUCUGCUGGAGAUCUGGCCGGUCAAGUCAGUUCGGAAGAUUUCUUCGGGCGGUUCGGCACUUCCUCGAGUUACGCCACCUGCAGGGCACAACAACAGUCAGCAGGCUCCGGUGGAUCAAGCAGCCUUACCUCGAACAGGGCUGCCCUGGCAGCAGCCACCCUCGCUUCGUCAUCCUCCCCCCAGUACAACAACCGCAGCCUCCGUGGCUUCCACUCGUCCUCUGCCUCCGCCUCCACCGGUCAAGCCACGACAGGUGAUAGUCUCGUCUCCCGGUUCGCCUAGCAGCGAGGAGUCGACCUCUCCGGAGCCGGUCACUAACGAAAAGGCGGGAGCGCUGGACGGGCUGGCCUUCUCCGGGGGCGGGGGUACCGAGCAAGUGACCCCGACGAGCAGCGUCGACACCGAGGAGGGGAACCCCGCACACCCCGAGGAGGGCGAACGCGGCGUCGAGGGAGACGCCGAGGCUAGCGACGACGACGUCGCCAAGUCGAAGUAA